AAUGAACCCGAUAUGUCAGAAGGGAGGCUAUACAAGCAAAAAUAAAUUGAUGUCAAAUUCUUGAUAUUUUUUUGAGUUUAGUGAGAAGCAUUAUAUUUUUUAGAACUGGUUUAGUUUCUCUGUACUCUAAACGAAUUUUCUUAGAAUUUAGGCUAUUAGACUACAGAUAAGUAAUUGGUAUUUACUUUCAUAUAAUUGUAUAUUAAAUUUAGAGGAUAUGGAAUUUAAAGAUAAGGACACAGGAACCCUAAUGCUCCAAAUUUACUUGAGGAAAAUAUUUAAUUUGAGCACAAUUAGUCUGAUGCCCUUUUGUAGAAAAUAAUUUUAUCUUUGCAAGACAGGUUUAAAAAAGAACACAAAAUUAUUGCAGACAUUUGUUAAUUAACAUUGAUAACCCAUGGGUAGUUAUGCAUGGACUUUCACCCCAAUUAAAACAAUUCCUAGUGUCUAGAACUCUAGAACCAUAUUAAUGCACACAGAACAGUAGAGAUGUGGCUCCACUUAAUAUCAGCCGUUUUAUUUAUAAUCAUUGCGGUGAUUGCCGCAAAAUUGUAUGUGAAACUGACAACAGGAUGGUGCUACAGUAACGUCUGUUUGAUUGGUAAAACUGUUAUCAUCACUGGCGCGAAUUCUGGGCUCGGAUAUGAGGCUGCUCUAGAUUUUGCCAAAAGGGGCGCCAGGGUAAUCCUGGCCUGCAGAAAUGCUGAAAGGGGCCUUAACGCUCAACUGAAAAAGAUGCUAGAUGUAGCAUCUUUGAAAUCUGUCAGGGAAUUCGCUAACGAUAUAAAUAAAACAGAGUCAAGGCUUGAUAUCUUAUUAAACAAUGCAGGUGGACUAUAUUUGGAACCCAAAAUGACUGAAGACAAUUUGUUGCUUAUGAUGGCCACAAAUCACUUUGGGCCCUUUUUAUUAACAAAUUUGUUAUUGGAUUUAAUGAAAAAAACCUCAAACGCUCGAAUCGUUAAUGUCUCGUCAGUGGCCGCCACCCUGUUUAGACCCAAACUAUAUGUCACUAGCACAAAAUUAUUCAAUGAAACCAUCGGACAAGGUUCCGAUUGGGAGAUUUAUGCCAGAACUAAGCUUUGCAACAUCCUCUUCACCAUAGAAUUGGCAAAAAGACUGAAAGGCACCAGUGUCACCACAUACGCUUUACAUCCUGGUAUAAUUGUGAACGAUGUGUUUAGGAAUACACCAUUUUAUAUGCUGAUACCUUUGAAGUACGUGGCUCGGUGGAUUUUAAAGGAUUCAUUAGAGGGCGCGCAAACUAGUAUAUAUUGUAGCAUUGCUCAAGGUAUAGAGCCACUUUCUGGAGGGUUAUUUGAGGAUUGUUCCCGGAUCGCACCUUACGUAACAACUCAAAUUCCAGGACUGUCAGAACGUCUGUGGGAGAUAUCCGAGGAGUUAGUGAAGUUAGGGUAGUUGUAAUCCAUAAAUAUAUGAAUUGUUUAAUUUCUA